CACCAAAAACAAUCUGUUAAGGCUUUGCUUUUCUGUUUGGGUUCAUCCACAGCAUCAUGAGUUCUUUGGUUUAACGCUGUGACUAGAAAAGGUUCAUGGGAGCCAUGACUGCUGUGCUUGUCUGGUGGUGUCUGGCUCACUCCAAGAUGCAGUUUUCAGGACUCCAAGCUGCGGAAGGGUAGAGCUUGGUUGUAUUUUCCCUGGAUCGAGUGACCUGUUCUUCAUCCACACCCAGUUUCCCCUCUUCUGUUAAAGGCUCCCUCCCAGCUGCAAGGACAGCUGUGGCGGAUCUCAUUACAGGUGGUUGUGCGCCACCGCGGAGUUGCUGGGGAUUGAACUCAAGUUAAGAAGCACUCUUAGCUUUCCGGCGGUGACGACCUCCCUAUGAGAACAUGCCUCUUGCAAAGGAUCUCCUUCAUCCCUCUCCAGAGGAGGAAAAGAGGAAACACAAGAAAAAGCGCCUGGUGCAGAGUCCCAAUUCCUACUUUAUGGAUGUGAAGUGCCCAGGAUGCUAUAGAAUCACCACGGUCUUUAGCCAUGCACAGACGGUAGUCCUGUGUGUUGUGUGUGUUGGCUGCUCCACUGUCCUCUGUCAGCCUACAGGCGGGAAAGCAAGCCUGACAGAAGGAUGCUCCUUCAGGAGGAAGCAGCACCGAAAAGCACCGGAUUCGAGAUGAGUGGGAACCA